GGUCUUUGUAUUUGUGUGUUCUAGGCUGGCAGUGAGGGUGAGCUGUGCCCACAGGUCGACAGCUUGGGCUCCUCUGGCAGUGCCAGUACACUCGCCUCAUCAGUCAUUGAAGUGGAAUCAGGCAGAGAAACCCUGAGUCUUGCUCAGGAUGAGUAUGAGGACAUUGUUCCUUUGCCUUCACCUCCAACGAUGUCUAUCACAGAGGAAAUAAUGCAGUUUAUCAACCAGAAUUGUGUACGAGAAGGCAUGGCAGAGCUGUCCUCUGAUAUGUAUCAGCCCAAGUCAGAGGUCCUGGACCAGUCUACUGAACCACAGGACCAAAUUGAACAUCAGCACCCAGAGAUGAUAGAAGAGAAAGAUGAUCAGCAAAAGAUCAUUCCUAACAGGCCAGAGGCUGAGCAGAGACACUUAGGUGUUAUAUUAGAUAACGAAGAUGACCAUGGACAUUCUCCUCUUAGUUCACCUGCAGAUUUGCUCCCUGAGUGUUCCUUAUGCUCACCUUCUCAAGAGUCCAAGUUUAAGUAUGAGAUGGAAGAGACAACACCCACAGAGUGCAACAGCAGUGCAUCUCCUGAACCAGCAGUAUUUGCAGAGAGAGACAUUCCUGAGGAGGUCGAUAGUCAAGUAUUUGAAGACAGUAUUACCAAAGAUGAAAUAUCUCCUUCAGGAAAUAACAAGGAACAAGCCAUCAUAGAAGCUUCAGCUGAGCCAGUGCCUUCCUUUGAUCAGCCUUCCACAUCCAGACCUGCAGAGAACCCGCAAGUGCCAGAGGCUGAACAAAAGCUGACCAAAAGUGACAGACAGAUCAUUGAAAAGAUUCGCAACUACUACGAGGCAGCAGAGUCAGAAGCAGUGUUGGAGGAUGGGCAGACAACACGGAGAAACAGCUUCUCUGAUAUCCCCACAGGAUUAGUAAAAGAUUCAGUGUCACGCUUCAACGUCUUUGUUCACCAGGUCAGUCUGUGUGAUUCUGAGAGUGGACGCUCUGAUUGCCAUGAGAGUGACGCCAUGUCCCCGUCCCCCAGCAUGCCUGACCUGAAUCAUAAAACCUUUGAUCAGCCUGACUCUACCAUUACCUCCUCUCCAGUUUCACAGAGCAACCAAGAGCAAAGUAAGAGUGAAAAUAUAAAAUAUGAUGAUGAUGAAGAUGAGGAACAAAUAUGUGACUUCAAACCCUGCAUGGAGCUCUGGAAGGAGAAGGAGAGAAAAGCUGAGAGUCUAAAAGUUUCUACUUGUAAGGAGGGCAGCUUUGGUAAGACCAAAGAUGCAUGCAGAAUAGACCAACCCUCCAUAAAUGAGCACUCAGGGACUCAUUGUGUGCUCCAACAAGACCAUGAAGACGACACAGAGCCAAAAAGUCCUAAAGAAACAAAGAAAACUGACAAAGUAGUACUUCACUCUCAAACUGGCACAAAGGAUAAGAGUUCUUCCAACGGGAAUCUGGAUGGCCUACCCAGUCAAAUUAAAGUGGGACGGUUCUCUCGCCAUGGCAAGGUGGUCACCUGCAGUAGGACACUUUACGAAGGGAUGACUGAUGUACCAGACCUUGGGUUCUUUGAAGGUGGGCCAGUAGAUCAGUGCUUAGUAGAGAACUCUGAAAAAAUCCUAAGCAAGGUACAGAUGCUAGCACGAAUGUAUACAGCCAAGGCAAGCAGCAUGAAGGUUCCGUUACACCAGAAAAGGACACGGGGAUCAUGGGCAGUGCCCAAUAAACUGAAUAAUCGUCCAAAGUCUCAGCUAGAGGUGCAUCAGGCUGAGGUGAAGACACAAAAAGAAAUUGCAGAAUCUGUUGUUCCCUCUCUACCUGAGCCGUUUGGACAUGUCAUUGUUAGAGAGCAGUUCUCCACAACCUAUCACCAAGAAAACUACUGCAAACUUAAUGGGCCAAAAGAGCAACAAGAAAAUCUGACCAUGGAUUUGGGAGCUGGUGUGAUGUCAAAGAGCGCAUUGGAAAGCUCUGUACAAACACAGGAAGACCAAGCAAUACUUGAGGAAGAUGAAGCCAUGUCACCUCCACCCUGCUCUGAAUCACAAGCGCAAGUUUCCCCCGAAUCAUCACUUGACCACUGUGAACCCUUCCCUGAACAGAAGACUAACCACACUUUGUAUUCAAUCACUGAGGACAAUUCAGUAGCCUUAGUAAAAACGAUGUGUGUGAAUGAAGACCAACCUCAAGCAGAGUUGCCACCUGGGGACCAGUGUUUUAUUGAUCCAGCAGCAGAACAGUGCCUCAAAGAAGAAACCAACAGUGCCAAAGAAAAAAAAUCAGGUUUAGAGCCAGAUGAAAGUAAACCACUCCCUGAAGAGAAAGUGAGUGAAAUGCAGCAGCAAUCACCAGAGAAUUACACAGAUUGUUCAGUUUCUGGCUCAGAGGAUUGCACACAAAGGGCACGUCUGUCCUCUGUUGAUCUUACUGAAGCGUCUCCUCCAGUAGCAUCAGAACUGAGCUUGAACAACAGUAUCUCAGAAACAACUAGCAAUAGUGAACCUCAAAUGCCCAUAGACAUGCCUUUCUCUGUGGGAUCAGACGAUUCAGUUUCUACACAACUCCAGUCUCAGCCCUUACCGACACCAGGCUGCUUCAAAACAGCACCUGCAUCUGCAUUUGGUCCAGGAGGCACGCAUAAUUCAGAGCCUUUAAAAAGCAAAGAGACAUUACACGAAAGCUUGUCUGUGUUAAGCCCUCUUUCAUCACCUCUGCCUUGUGAACCUACUCCAGACAAUCUUCCACAGUUCACCAGCCAAAGACCUGACAAUCUGCCAACUACCAUGGGAAGAAGAAGCCUGCCUGCUAAUUGGAACACACCAACUCUUCCAUCCUCCCAAAGACUACCACAGACCCGGCCUUGGUCCAGGGACCAAGAUCAGGACACCUCAUCAUCACCUUCUCUGGGUUCAUCCAGUAUCCCACCAUUAAGUAAUAAGUCUUCAGGCAUUACAUCAAGUACUGCAUGUUCUUCAGAAACAAAUCGGGCUUCUGCCUUUAGCUCCAAUCUUCGGAUGCGCUCACCCUCACCUGUUAGAGGCUCUCAGCAUCUCAGCUCUUCUGCUCUUGCAAAGUCACUUGCUGCCUCUUGUAUUAGUCAGACAAUCUCUCAAAGCAUGGCCAAAAGAAAUGCCCGCCUUCAGGCUACCUCCCCUACUUCCAGUUCCAUUCCUUCCCCAGCAUCUUCCAUGAGAUUGAGGUCACCCUCCCCUAAAGCUGUUCCAUUGGACUCAUUUGUACCAUUGGAUACUGGCAGCACAGCCCCUGCUGGCCAAAUUCCAAAAUGUCCCCCUUCCCCUUUUCGCUCUUACAGUCUGCGAUCCAGCCCAGCAACUGUACAGUCCCCUCCACCUUAUCGAAGCCAACGUUCAGUGUCCCCACCUGUAACCUUUAACCCAGCACCCUCUACUCGCACAAGGUCAGAUCAUUAUGAACAUUCUCCCCAUACUAGUUUGAAUGGGAAUAAUAAUAACAACAACAAUAACAGUCAAUACAGCAAUGGAUGGGCCAGUAACCACAAAAAGCCGUCAUCAAAUACAGGCGGAGCUAUGUAUGCUCAUGAUCCACAUCGAGGAGCCUCUCACAACAAAAUUGCUAGACCAUUCCUCUCCUCUGAGCCAAACUCGCGUGUACAGUCGCCCUCACCUUCUCCUACACCAUCACUUUUCACUCGAAUUUGUUCCCCACCACUUGUACAAAGCAAUUCUGGUCCAUUGAUAAGCAAGCCUCCAAAUCCACGAACCCCAAGACAAGGUGGGGCCAGCCCGUUUGCACCUCUGUGUUUAGAGUUUUCAAGAACAACAUCAGCUUGCUCUUUAUCCCCAAGUGCGAGUCCUAGGGUAACCUCUCCUCCUCCUAUAGGCAUCCCUACAAAUAUAUGGUGCAUUGCAAGCCCUCAGCCACGAAACCCAUCAGCAGCGACCCUUUCCUCCCCAACAAAAGCAGAAGCAAGCUCUGCUUCAAGAAGCUCCAGAAUCACAUCUCCACUGUCAGGGGUCUCUUCAUGUUCAUCAUCUAACACCUCCUCUUCCCAGAACCAGCGGAGACCAAAAGGGAGCAGUUUACCUUUUGUGAGUCUGGCAAGCAGACCACCGAGCCCUUCCAAAAACUGGGCUGAGAACGGACGAUGGUCAGUGGAUUUGGAGAUAGACACAACUAGCCCCCAUGGGCGGUCCUACAAUGGCACCCCUAUUUGUGUCAGCCCGGGCCCUAAGUCCCCUGUCAGGCUGAGUGUUGGAAAGACGAGCAUCACCUGGCCAGAUGUGCAUGAACUGCUGACAAAGUGUAAUACAGAGGACAGUUCUGCUGGUGACAUCCUGCCCUCUUUGUCUUGCCCUGAAACUGGACUGGAGGACUCUGAACUGGGACAAGCUACUUGCAGAAGUAGCCUUAUCUGUGCUUAUGUGGCCAGGACCACCCCCGUGCCUGAAAGAGACACUCCCAGUAGGUGCUCUGACGAAGGAAAAAGCGAGGACAAUGUGGGAAAACAGGGAGCCAACAAAAGUCUAAAAACCAGCUAUGCCACCACUGUCAACCUGCAGAUAGCUGGUAGUGGGAGAAUAACAUCCUUCAGUAAUGCACAGGUUAGCCUGACUCAGACCCUGGCACCUGUAACAGACACCCAGGGCAUGAGAAGGGUCAGCAUAAACGCCUGCAACCUCUCACUGCAGAACUGCAAGAGGGUCUAAGUGGAACUCCUCCUGAGGCCAUUUGCUUUAAAGACACUUUAACAGGCACUUUAGCAUAUAGCAAAGGGGUCAGUUAGAGAUCCAGGUUCAAUUCACUGAGCUGUAGUGCCAAUUUACGGGUUUCAAGAAACUUAUGCUAUGAUAAGUGAUCAUUCCUACUCAUUGAUUGCCAACGGUGCUUUAAAUACAAUGCAUGCAUGGAUUACUUCUUAACCAGGAUUUAAAAAAUACUCCAAGUAAAAGACUGUUUUUUUGCUUUUAGCAGUGUUAUUGUAUUGCUCCUUUUUAUAUGUGAAGCAUAUUCUUAUGCUAUAUGUGUAAUUUAACCAAAGCCUCUGUCACUAAUUGCUUUUCCGAUGUCUGUGAUAGACAGUACUCUUAUUUAUGAAGUUGUCUUUUUUAUGGCACUUAAAAUGUUUCUCUCUGUUUUGCACAUUUUCUCAUAUGUGGUCCAGACGUGUCUGUAAAAUUGUUGGAUUUCAGGCAAAAUACUCUCAUGUAUGUGGAAAAAAGGUUAAUUUACUUAAAGGUCUUUGGGGGGAAAAAGGGAAAAUUGAUGCUGCUUUUAUUAAAAUUGGUCAAAACAGUGCUUAAUCUGAAUGCACAUUUCAUUAUACUAAAUUUAUUUUGAUCAGUCAGUGUGUAUGUGUUUUUAUACAGGCCACACAAUGAGUUUGUACAGCAGGUACAGAAGUCAUUCCAUCAAACCAUAGUAGAGCACUUCAGUCGGCUUAUACAUGACGUGAUCAUGGUAAAGUGGACUUCACAUUACAAUUUCCAGCAUUUUAUUUAAAAUGAUCACUUGAUUGCUUGAUGAUCUAAAUAAUCCAUGUUGACUAUCUGCUAAAAAAAUAUAUAUAUAUAUCAGUUGUGAAUCACAAGAAACCACCACAACCCACCAUAGCUCUCAAUACAACAAACACAACCAGCUAACUUUACAGAGUUUUGUGUUCUACACUCUCUGGUCAUUUGUACUUGAAAUAAAUAUUUUUUUUAUCUGA